CUGCUCGGCUCCGUCAGUCGCGUUCGGUCCGUCGUGGCAUCCGCUCGCGUGUCCCGUGCGUCAGUCCCGCGCCCCACCAGCACCACGCCACCGCCGCCGUCUCCUCAGCGCUCGUCCUCACCGAACGGCAUGUGCACCUGACACCGGCCCAACUACAGCCUGCAUCACGAUCCCAGCCGCAGGCACAAGUGAGUCGUCGACGACCUCCUCCGGCGCCGACACCCCGCUCCUUGCCACUCGGAUAUUAUUUUUAUUUUUAUUUAGUGUUCAUUAUUAAAAUACUGCUCUUCGAAAUCCGUAACAAAUGAUACCGCGGAGAAAACACAACGCGUCUUCAGGGUCGCUUCCGCCACCAGACGACAAGAACGCCAGCAACGACUAUAUUCUUUCAGAAAAUGGCACGAGCGAGGGUUGGCGAGCAGCUCUACGAAGACGGUUCAAUAAGAAAACCCUUAACAAGAGAUUUCCCGUCACAGCCUGGCUACCGCAGUACAAUGUGGAAGAGGCGAUCGGAGACGUCAUAGCGGGGGUUUCUGUGGGUUUGACAGUUAUCCCCCAGUCUUUGGCCUACUCUAACAUCGCCGGUCUGCCUCCUCAAUACGGAUUGUACGGCUCGUUCAUCGGUUGCUUUGUGUACAUCAUACUGGGAGGGUGCCGGGCCGUACCCGCAGGACCUACUGCCAUUGCAUCGUUACUCACUUGGCAAGUGGCUGGCGGCGUAGUGGAGAAGGCGAUCCUCUUGAAUUUGCUCACGGGACUCGUGGAACUUAUGAUGGGAGUGCUCGGUCUAGGCUUUCUUAUCAAUUUCGUCUCAGGACCCGUUUCUUCAGGUUUCACAUCAGCAGUUGCUCUGAUGAUCGCCACAUCCCAAGUCAAAGAUAUGUUCGCUAUAUCUGUGACCGGAACUACUUUCUUACAACAGUGGAUUUCUGUAUUCCAAAAUAUUCACAAUGCAUCACUUUGGGAUCCAGUACUAGGAUUCAUCUGCAUUGCGUUACUUCUUUCAAUGAGGAAAAUCGGGAUGAUUAAAUUAGGAGCAAAAAACCCGGAAGGUCCAAGCACGCGACAAAAAGUUCUGACGCGUUGCAUGUGGCUGUUGGGGACAUGUCGGAAUGCCAUCGUGGUGGUGGCGUCGGGAGCUUUGGGAUUCUGGUUUGUGAGCGAACAGGGAUCCUCACCCGUGCGACUCAUGGGAGCGAUACCGUCGGGAGUACCGACACCGCAGGCGCCGCCGAUGAGCUACGUGCGUGCCGACAACACCACAGCAGACUUCUUAGAGAUGGUCUCGGAAUUGGGCUCGGGUCUGCUGGUGAUACCCAUCAUUGUACUUCUGGAGGAUAUCGCUAUCUGCAAGGCGUUCUCAGAUGGACGAACUAUAGAUGCCACGCAGGAGAUGAUCGCACUCGGUGUAGCCAACAUCGCUAACUCCUUUAUGCAAGCGUACCCGGGCGGCGGGUCACUGGCACGAUCCGUCGUCUCCAACGGCUCCGGAGUCAGAACAACCUUCAAUGGACUUUAUACUGGUGUCAUGGUUAUCUUGGCCCUACAAUUUUUUACGCAAUAUUUCGAGUACAUACCCAAAGCUGCACUUGCUGCUGUGAUUAUUUCUGCAAUUUUAUUUAUGGUGGAAUACGAUGUUAUAAAACCAAUGUGGCGAGCUAAAAAAUUGGACUUGAUACCUGGCGUAGGCACAUUCAUUCUCUGCUUAACUCUUCCUAUCGAGUUGGGUAUUCUAACUGGAGUCGUCGUCAACAUUAUUUUCAUCCUGUACCACGCAGCACGCCCUAAAUUCUCUGUUGAAAUGUUAAAGACGGAGCAGGGUGUGGAGUAUUUGAUGAUCACCCCCGACCGCUGUCUCAUGUUUCCGUCUGUCGACUAUGUGCGCCGGCUCGUCACUAAAUGUGCCGCCAGCAGCUCGGUACCCGUCGUGAUCGAAUGCACACAUAUAUACAGCGCUGACUACACCGCUGCCAAGAGUAUCGAACAACUCACAGGGGACUUUCACGCCCGCCAACAGCCCCUCUACUUCUACAACGUCAAACCCUCAGUCUGCUCUAUUUUCGAAGCUGUUACGAAGCCUGAGCACUUCGUUGUGUUCUACGAGGACGAUGAAUUGGACCGCCUCUUGGCCGCCGACGAACGCCUCGCACCUCGUAAACCGCCCCCACUGCACGUUUAGCCUUGUGAUAUUACUGUAGUUUGUUCUUAGUUUAGUUUGACGGAGAGAUGCACAGAGUGUGAUAUUUUGGUAUAAAGAUUGUAUAAAGAUGAGUUUAAAUAUUUACUGUAUGCAACGCCAGCGCCAAUAGUUUGAAAGAGUUCGAAAUUCUAUGAUUUGUUGUGAAAAUGUGGCGAAUGGGUUUUCAAAGUCCUUGCUAUAAAAAAAUUAUGCUACGUAAAUCCAUAUAUCCCUAUUUUACUAAAAUUUUAUGUGUCGGGGAUACACGAGGCCCCCGGCCAUUCUGUGAUUCAAACGAGCCUCGCUCGUUUUUUCAGUAUUAAUCAGCAGAGUGAUCAAGAGAAGCUUUAGACGACUAUUGUCUACAUACAUACAUACAUUGCGCAUAGAUUUAUUUUUGUAUAAAUUAUAUUAAUUUCAGAGCAGACAGUGUCCUCUACGUAUCGUUGUGAUGAUAGAAAAUAAAUUUUAGAAUAUUAUAUUAUAAUUACGAAGUACUUAUUUUAUCAAUAACAUUUAUUGUUGAAAUUGCUUAUAAUACGACUACUUCAAAAGUUACUAGUGAUAGAUGUAGAGUUUCUAAUAUCACUUUAUUUAUUUUUAGAUAAACGAGUACAACUUAGAAUGUAAAUACCUAUAUUAUAUUAUUCAUUGUAAGAAAUCACCGUAUUCAUAUUGCGAACGUUCGUAUGCGAGCCUGUACUCUGUUCCAAUGUUCAAGAAUAUUAGAACAGGAGAGACUUUAAAGUCAUGAGAGGCUCCGCGUUGUUGAGUUCGCGUAUUCUUUCUUGUGAUUCUACUACAGUACCUACAAAAGAUUUAUUAAUUAUUAUUAAUGUACUAUAAAAUAAUAUUUUAAAAUACUAAAUGGAUAAAGUUUAAAAAUAUAAUUAUAAAGGUAUGGUGCGUUUAAAUGAAUGACUAAUGUUUCCCAGUUCCAAGAACAAAAUAAAUAAAUAAUCUCUUUAAAAGAGUCGAA